GGCCCCGCUUCCUCCCUCCCCGGGGCCAGGGCGCCGCGCCGAGUGUGCAUGGGGCGGGGGGAGGCAUGGGGGCGCGAACUUGAGCAAACAAGUAAGUUCGGGAACGCCUCCCUCUCCGGCGUAAACUCGGGGCUCUGGACGCGCCUGAACCCCCAGCCCCCAAGGGAUGGGGAAAGUAGGUGGGGGGCUCGGGAGGGAAGCAGGAUCUGAGCGCCGGGAGAAAGGGGGCCGGGGGGGGGGGCGGGUCACGGCCCCGGACCCGCAAGGUCGCCAGUUGGGGGCAGGGCCCCGCCCCUCUCCGUCGAGGGCGGGGGCGCAUCUCUGGGCGGGAGGGAGUUAAGCCUGGUGGCCUGGAUGCUCCACGUAGGAGCUGGCUCCAGCUGCGGGCUGCGGUCAGGGCCACCGUAUAAAGAAGGCGGGAGCCCGGCGUGCCGAGGACUUGCCGCUGCCCGCGCCCCGCCGCCGCUGCCCCCCAGGCCCCGGCCCCAGGUGUCCCGGCCAUGGCCCGUCCGCUGCUCUGGCUAAGCCUCGGCCUCCUGGCCGGCCUCUUGCCGGCCCUGGCCGCCUGCCCCCAGAACUGCCACUGCCACGGCGACCUGCAGCACGUCAUCUGCGACAAGGUGGGGCUGCAGAAGAUCCCCAAGGUGUCAGAAAAGACCAAGCUGCUCAACCUGCAGCGCAACAACUUCCCGGUGCUGGCCGCCAACUCGUUCCGGGCCAUGCCGAACCUCGUGUCGCUGCACCUGCAGCACUGUCAGAUCCGGGAGGUGGCCGCCGGCGCCUUCCGGGGCCUCAAGCAGCUCAUCUACCUGUACCUGUCCCACAACGACAUCCGGGUGCUGCACGCCGGCGCCUUCGACGACCUGACCGAGCUCACCUACCUCUACCUGGACCACAACAAGGUGACCGAGCUGCCCCGGGGGCUGCUCUCCCCGCUCGUCAACCUCUUCAUCCUGCAGCUCAACAACAACAAGAUCCGCGAGCUGCGUGCCGGAGCCUUCCAGGGCGCCAAGGACCUGCGCUGGCUCUACCUGUCCGAAAACGCGCUCACUUCGCUGCAGCCCGGCGCGCUGGACGACGUGGAGAACCUCGCCAAGUUCCACCUGGACAAGAACCAGCUGUCCAGCUACCCUGCAGCUGCUCUCAGCAAGCUGCGGGUGGUGGAGGAGCUGAAGCUGUCCCACAACCCCCUGAAGAGCAUUCCUGACAAUGCCUUCCAGUCUUUCGGCAGGUACCUGGAGACCCUCUGGCUGGACAACACCAACCUGGAGAAGCUCUCGGACGGCGCCUUCCUGGGUGUGACCACACUGAAACAUGUGCAUCUGGAGAACAACCGCCUGAGCCAGCUGCCUUCCAACUUCCCGUUUGACAGCCUAGAGACCCUCACCCUCACCAACAACCCCUGGAAAUGUACCUGCCAGCUCCGGGGACUUCGGAGGUGGCUGGAAGCCAAGACUUCCCGCCCUGAUGCCACUUGUGCCUCGCCCGCCAAGUUCAAAGGCCAGCAUAUCCGUGACACGGACGCCUUCCGCGGCUGCAAGUUCCCCACUAAGAGAUCCAAGAAAGCCGGCCGCCAUUAAACAGCCUCUGCUGGCUCACAGAGCUGUCCACAUCUAGACACGUCCUGGCAGGGGGACUCGGGCGCUCCAGCACGAACCGAGCUCCACCUGACAGUGAGAGCUCCAUCAUGCCUGGCCCCGCCGCCACGGCUCCUCUCAGAGAAGCUGUUGUCAAGACCCCAAGUCCUUCAGAACCAGAACGGGGUGGCCAUCAGGAUGGCUACCCUUCCAGAAUCCUCCCUCCCUCUGCUCCCUGGAGCUUGCCAUUUGGAAACAAACAUCAGAUCCUUGCCCCACCCCUUGCUUCCAGAAAAAGUCUUGAGCCCAUACCCCAACUCCGCCAGCCACCCCCCCCCACCUGCCAGGACACUCUAGCAGGACACCGGUGCUUUGCCUCAUACCCUCCCAGGCUGCACUUCU